AUGACAGUGUGGCGCCGUGCGGUGUGCGCCCUGGCGCUCCUCGCGCUCCUCUGCGGCUGCGGCUGCGCCUCCGUCCGGGCGGAAGCGACUAAAGUGAAUGUGUCGGUGGAGGUGUCGUGCCCGAACGCUGAGAAAAAGUUAAGUUGGCGCGUUGCCGGCAUCAGUAAUUCUGCUUGGAGCACCUGCUCCACCACACCGGAGGGUGCGGGGAGCAGUGAAAGCGAUGUCCUCAGUUCUUUCCUCUGCCUUUUGGCCGGGUCGUUGUACAACGACCCCGACCGCAACCCCGGCUCGAGCGUGGAAUGUACUUCUUCGCCCGCAGCAGGGGGAACUAAGAAGGUUGCAUUCACUAUGGAGUGCACGACGGAUGAAAACAGUGCACUGCACAAGCGCUCGAAGGACGAGACCGCCACCAUCAAUGCAACGGGCAAUCCACUGGCCGAACCAGGCAAUUGUGUGUUACGAACUCCCAGCCAAAAUGCAGCUCUCCAGCACGAAGGUGCGCCUCUGGGAGUUCGUUCACCCGCUGCAGGAGAACAACACCCACAACCACCGGAGGGGUCUGCGGCUUCUUCAACACAGGCAGCAGAGAAGGCAGCAGAUGGACCGGGAACUACACAAACACCUUCAACCCCUCAAUUCCGAUCUGGCACGCCCAAAUCCGCCCCUUCCGCUGCCGCCCCGGCCGCCACCGCCGUGGAGGGGGCCACCACAACGACGACCACCAGCGGCCCCAGUGCUGGGAGCCACGCGAAAAGCAACGCGGACAGCAGUGACACCCUCACCACAGCGUGGGUGCGUGCACCUCUCAUGCUGCUACUCACGGCUGCCCUUGCCUGUGCUGCUGGGUAA